GGUUUGUUUUUGGCCUAGUGGGGUUGAGUGUCACAACAAAUAAACUUCAUUCACAUAACUUCAGUUAUCAAUAUGUUUAUUAAUUGUCAGUCUAUUUUUAAACGAUGAUUCAAGUUUUAAACUCACGCCGAAGUAAAAUACCAAAGUAGAGCGCCCAGUGUUAAAUAAAAAGCGGUGAAUUUACGGUGAAAACAUGGACCAUCGAUCACCACUUGAGAACAUAUUUAACAUCAUUGGAGGCCUUCCCCAGGGCCAUGACAAACCCGUAAAACACGCCGUCUACAACGCUCUAGCUCUAUUUCUUCUAUUUGUCUGCUGUGCAGCAUUAUGGGCACUAUACUUAAUUCUAGAACCAUUCUUCAAACCUUUAAUGUGGGCACUGCUGGUGGGUUCAGUGCUGCACCCAUUCAAAUAUUCUCUGGCACAAAAAUUUCGGCAAUGGUUUGACCACUUAGAAGAAUCUCACACCCCUAUUUUUAUUGGGGUGUUUCUGAUACCAAUUAAAAUCUCUGAUGAUUUUUCUGAAGGAAUUGGCAACAUGUUGGAAAAGCACUGGAAGUACAUCACAUGUGGAGUUUUGGGAUUCAUGGGCCUGCAGGUGUUCUACUUUUACAUACCAAAGAUAUUUAUUAAUAUAGUAUGCAGUUCUUGGGCCUGUCUCCACUGUAUUAUUCAGUUUCUGAUUGAUAAUGUGUCAGCAUCACUUGUAUGUGCUUUACUACUUGGAUAUGUUACAUUGAUGGUAUUUAAGUGGAAUCCUAACAAUAAUAGAAUGUUUCAUUAUGCUUCCAUGAUGAUGUGGCUACUUUUGUCAUGUCUGAUUGCUAAAUUAUUUGGUUCAUUACAAAUACCGAUUUUUCUUGUGUUGCAAAUUAUUUUGUUGGGUGGAUUCAUCUCUGAAGUUAUUGAUAUUCAACAAGGCCUAAAAGGCUAUACACUAGCAGAAUCAUUAAAGUUUGCUUUACAAGGCAAGGAACGUUCUGAAUUGCUUCAGGAUACAACAACAAACGGUAGUACAAAACAUCCGGAAACAGAUGCAUCUGUUCCACCUGAAGAACUCACAUCUGAAGAGGAAAACACUGAUAAUAGCCUGAAAGCAGAGAAAAAGUCGCAUUCUGAAACCUCCACUGAAGUGCCAAAAGAAGAACGACGCAAUCCAUGGACCCUGGAACUGUUUGAUGAUAAACCGAAAGUCCAGCGGAAUGCCAGUCUGCUCAUCACAGAUAAGGGUAAAGUUCACAUAAUCAAACAGGCACCUAGCGAUCACAUGCCCAAAGUCCGCCGCUCACUAUCACAACCUACCGUUGGCGGGCUUCUCUUUAAAAACAAAACCGGCAUUCUAACAUGGCGUCGUGACUCAAGUCGUAAUUUAAAAUUGAACAACGACGAUUAUGGAAGCGAGUUUUAUAUCUAUGCAUUGUUAUGGGGUUGUGGGAUUAUUUUCUUUUGGCGUAACUUGAUGUUUGUACCGAUUUUACUUGUGCCCGUUUUGAUCUUUACUGCCAAACACAUCGGCCAUUAUCUAGGCAUUUGGGGUUGGGUAAAUCAGAAAUUAAACUUGGUGUGUGACAAUGUCACAAGUUGGUUGUCUGAACGACAUGAUGCAAUUGUACCAGUGCCAAUACGCGGCUUGUACAAGUUGGUUUCGAGGAUGAAUGAAUGGCUUAAACAAAGUGUCAAAGAGAGUAUUGAUACUGUUGCUAGCUGCAUGGUGAUAUUUGGAUUAAUUAUAUUCGCCAUUUGUGCGUCCAUUUUUAUAUUUAUUCAGGUGUACGCUGAAGCUAUAAUGUUAGUACAAAUGUCCAGUAACGUCAUAAAUCAAACUGUUGUGCACAAUCCUGAGCUUCGACAAUUACUACCUCCAACGUUUGAGAGCACAAUCGAUUCACUCUUGGAUAAUGCCUAUCAGUACGGCCGUGAAGGUAUAUCGAAAGCUGUGAAGAGUGUUAUGAGCGAUGUAGAUCCUACUAAAUCAGCAAAAUUGGAAAAUCAAGUAUUGGAAUUGUUUGAUCGUAUUUACCAAACCUGGAUGUCUUCGGACAAUGCUGAACAUGGGCCUAAAGUUACUCAAGAUGCAAUUGAGGACUCAUGGAAUACUUUUAUUGAUGACUUGCAGAAAUCCCCAGAAAUGUUGAAUUUAUCUGGUAUCAUGUCUUUUAUCAAUCAGAAUGUUGGCACAUUAUUAUCGCUGCUGGAUUCGGUGUGGUCUAUUGUGAAGGGGAAUAUUAGUUUACUUCUGGGUAGUUUUAGUGCGUUUGUUUCAGUGUUGUUAGGUGGAGGCACAGCGGUUUUAAACUUUAUCCUAAACACGGUGAUUUUCUUAACUACGUUGUUCUAUCUGUUAAGUUCUAGCGGAGCACUAUAUAAACCGGUUGAAAUAAUGACUCAGUUUUCAACUAAUGGAAGUCGUUUUGGAUUAGCUUUGGGUGACGCGAUUAAUGGCGUGUUCGCUGCCUCUUUUAAAAUGGCUACCUUCUAUGGCUUGUGGACAUGGUUUAUUCACAAUUUAUUUGGUAAAAUUGUUUACUUACCGUCAGCUAUCGCAGCUAUUCUAGGUGCUGCCCCAUUCUUGGGAUCUUAUUGGGCUUGUAUACCCGCUAUCUUUGAUUUGUGGCUAGCACAAGAUAAAGGAUUUUAUGCUAUUCUCUUUGCAGCUGUUCAAUUUUUACCCAUGUCUGUAGUUGAUGCAACUAUUUAUGCAGAAAUGAAGGGGGGACACCCAUAUUUAACUGGCCUAGCGAUUGCCGGUGGAAUAUUCUGCCUUGGCUUAGAAGGUGCCAUAAUAGGUCCAUUAGUACUCUGCGGUUUGUAUGUGGCGAUUGAUUUAUCCACGACGCUCUUCAAAGAGACCCCGUCCGAGGAAGCCAUUAAUCUGCAACAGCUCUCUAGGUGUUUCAUUUUUGAAAAUGACAUGUUUCCGAAAAAAGGCGGCAGAUACCCACAGCGAUGGUACAGCAAAUUAAAGAAGUGACAGCUAUUUCAAUUGAUGCAAUUGUUAAAGCUUUAAUAAUUUAAUUUAUAAUAAAAUUAGGAAUGAUUUUUAAUUAAAUAUUUUUUUCUCUGAUCUAAACAA